AUGGAGAAGAAAAAGAAGAAGAAGAAGAAGCUUCUUCUCCUUGGUUGGUCGGUCAAACGGCGGCGGUCAACAGCCGCUGCAUUUGCUCAAAGAGAAUGGUCCAUUGGGCUCGCCGCCGACCUGUCUCUUUUCUUUUCCUUUUCCGCCAACCCCGCUCACACCAUUUUUGAUUUGGAUCGGAAGCGGCCACUCGAGGUCUUUGAAGAGCACCGCUCAGUUUCCGGUGGUCCUCUUUUUUCUUGUUUUUUCUUCAAGUUUAUGACAGCGAUCCACGGGAAAAACAGCCGCGAACGAACGAUUUACGGAUGA